AUGAAGAAGUUAUCUUUAGAUAGUGACAUAAUGGAAUAUAACACAGAUAAACCAAAGUUAAUAUUAUUUCAGGGUCCUAGUGGAGCUGGUAAAACAACGGUUACUAAAUUUUUAUGUCAAGAACUAAUUAAAAAUGGAAUAAAGAGUGAGGUAAUAAAUUUUGAUAAUUAUGCUUUUGCAACUGAUCCUAAGAAGACAAUAACAGGUGAUUAUAAUUUCAAUUGUCCUUCUGCAUAUGACUGGGAUGGAUUAAGAAAAUUACUGGUUAGUUAUGGAAAGAAAGAAGAUUUUGUAGAGAGGAGAAUUUAUAAUUUUGAAACUGAAAGUGUGAUUAUAACAAAGCAAAAGAACAACAAACCAGAUGUUUUAAUUCUAGAGGGAUUCCUGAUAUUUAAUUUAGUAAAUGAAAAAAUUUUUAACAUAGAAAAAUCCUAUUUUUUGAAUCAUUCAAUGUCAGUUAAAGAUAAUUGUAAUGUACCUAAUCCAAUUGAUUUUAGUAUUUAUUUUAAUAUUUACAAGAUUUUUUUUGAAUUAGAAGAAAGUGAUAUUAAAAAAAUGCGGUUUAUUAGAUAUUUUAAUGAAAGAAAAUCUAAGCCUCAAUUGAAAAAUUUGUGUGAAAGUGAUAUGAAAAAAUUUAUUGAAAAGGAAUUAGAAAAAUUUGUUAUUCCUUCAACAAAAUCUUGGGUUAACUGUGGCAAGGAAAGUGCUGAUUUAAUUGUAAAAUGUUCACCUUUUAGUCACAAUCGUGAUUUGAAUGAAUUUAUUAAAGAAUUUAUUGAAUACUUUUGUGAAGAUUUAAUUGAUACUGAAAUUAAUAAUAGUUUUAAUGAAUACUUAUUAAGUAAUAGAUGA